AUGCAGUCAGCAGAGACCAUCGCCCUCGCGGGGGAGGUGGCAAGCAAAGGGAAGGGCUCGCGCGGAAGGAUGUUCAAAGAGAAGAGCUGGGCUGCAAGGGCUGAAAUCCGCAUCAUGACAGGUUGUCAGGUAGCCGACAUGUUAGAGUUCGAAAAGGAUAGCAUGCAAACUGCGCUUAAUGGUUUUUGCCCCAACUUUGAUUCCUUCGCCUGUAUGAGGACCCUCCAGUCCAUGGUGGGCCUUUCGCGCGCUCUGCGCGCCCCCCUCGGCGUACCGCGUUUAAUCCAGGAAAAACUGGCAUCCUCACAGCUGCGGAAUGAGCGGUUCCAGUGGAGUACAGGGCAUACGGUCAUUGCUUUGUUCUCCGUGCCAUUUGUUUAUUGGGGUGCCAAAUCCACAUACAUGACGGCCAGAAUGCGGCGCCUAGACACUCAGGAGAUUCUGUCUGACAGAUUCACUUGGCUUCAUGAGAGAAUGCUAGAAGAUGAAGUGGAUGCACUUCUUAUCCAGCAAGUGGCAGACAGCAAUAUUGACCGCGCUCAGCCUCUGCUGCGUCUAGGACCUUCAUACGUUCGCUAA